AUGCUCACAGAAACUGUAAGCAAAAGUUGCAGUAGAACUGGCAAAGCAAGGCUUGGUUUGUUGCUCUGCUCCAUUGCUCCAUUGAUCACUAAGCUUUUAUCCAAAAUGCCGUUGGAUGAACAGUCUUUGGAAUACCUUGCAAGACUUGAGAAUGAGGAAAUGAUUGCUUCAGAUGAGGAAGAUGAAACGGAAACUCAAGGAGCAUCAGAAAGUUCAACUCAACAGACUCAAGCGACUCAAACGCCUUUUAGGUAUGUUGAGUAUGAGAAAGUCAGAACGAGAGAUAGGUAUUUGAAUCCAAACUUUCAGCAUAUUUGUAGGCAAACCGCUGGAGCUGAUGUGUUUAGGAGGUAUGAGUUUGAAAAAGAAAAGCUGAAAAAGGUUUUUGCAGAAUACAAAGGAAGAUUUUGUUUCACGGCAGAUAUGUGGACAGCUCGGGCCACUAUGAAGGGAUAUCUUUGUCUUACUGCUCAUUAUGUUGAUGAUAGCACCUGA